AUGGCCCUCGACGAUAAGAUAGAUCCAAAUUCUCCGACAGCCCUCUUCAAUGGGGCGUCCGACUCGAUCGAUCCCCAGGCGAAGCCAUCGUCUCCUGUCUCCACGACAACGAAAUCCUCAAAGCCCGAAGACGAUGUCACGACUCGUAUCUUCCAGUUCCUCUCCACCGCGACGCCCGGCACCCUAGCCGGCAUCGCAGUCGGCCUGGCUGCCGUUACCUAUUUUGUCCUCGGCCAACUCGGUCUGCUUCUCAUCGGCGCAUUCGGGGGUGUUGCGCUGUAUAUACACUGGGAGUCUUCCAACCCCGACUAUGCGAGAGCUGUCCGCGGUGAGAAGGGCGUGGACAUAGUCACACGAUUGUUAGGCGAGAAGAAUAGCCUGAGAGAUGUGGACGCAGAUCGCAAGACCACUGAAGAAGAUGAGGCCAUAUUUCUGGCUCAAAGCUUUGCAGAUUUCCAGCCCGAGACUCAAGAUGCGCUCAAUGGUCUUGUCGAUGCUGUUAUCAGGGACUAUGUGAAGUGGUGGUAUGACCCGAUCGUCCCGUCCGACAGGUCUUUCCCCUUGUCCUGUCGCAGGAUCCUGACCUCGUUCCUCGUCUCCAUCGGGAACUACCUGGGCAAGAAAAGACCGGCCGAUAGCUUCCUCGACUUCCUGACCAACACCUCCUCCAUCGUCAUCGUCUUCUUCUCCGAGCUGUCGCAAGCCUUUGCCGACCUGCCCCCUGACUCCACCAUGACGGCCCCGGAUGCCGUCUACAACUAUCUUGCUUCGAACCCCGACUCCAACCUGUCGCACCUCCUGAGUCAAAGACACCAGGCCUCUAAAUUCAAGUCUGUGGCUGAAGACUUGCUCGGGUUCCUCGACAGGCCCACGCACGACUGCGACCCUGCGAGGACAUUCCUACGUGAGAUCCUCGCCAGUGUUAUUCUCGAAAUGUCAUUGCAGACAUGUUCCAAGGCCGAGUGGAUCAACGGCUGGAUCGUCUAUCUUCUCGAAGCCGGGGAACCUGAUUUCAGUCAGGCCAUCGAUGUCGGCAUGCAGACAGGCCCGGAGGCCAACAAUGCGGUGUUUGCAGACAUGGAUGGGAAUGUCGGAAACAUCGGGCUGACAAAGGGGAAUCGCAACUCCCUCGACCUGGAGAAGGCCCGACGGAGGGAGCCUGCCCAAGUCCACAAGAAGAAGCUUAGCAAGGCAGAUGAAGAGAUGGAGGUGUUGGAAGAGAUGAAGCGGAUGAAUCAGAUGCUUCUGGACGAGGAUGCCCGCAGGUCCAAGGACUUCCGGGCGUUCCAGGAAGGCAAGGAGCCCGAAGCUUCCACCAAAGAAGAGGUUUCCCAGAGGCUGGCGGAUGCCCUGCAAAGAAACGCCAAUGAACUUGACAUUGAGUCAAAGCCUACAGCUGUACCACAGACCCUGCCGGAUACAAUAAAUACCCCGGCUGCUAGUGUCUCCGGCCCUGCUGCCUCUGAGAAAGCUGCUUCAAUGUCGAGUGAAGAGCGGCCCAGCAAGGAGCUUCCUCCUACCCCCAAGAGCAUCGACUCCGGCGGCCCGAAACCGGUCACUCAACAUGGCCACCAGCAGUCAUUUACCAGCUUCGACCAGAUUGUUCCCCCGAGCCAGGAUGACAGCGACCAGAGCGACGCAGAACCGAAGCAACCCGCACCGCUCACCCUACACAACGCCAAGAUUACUAUAUACGAUGAUGGAACCGUCGACAAGAGUAAAAUUCGGACGAAGCCUACAUGGGACUACCUGAUUCAAAUUGAACCAUCAUCAUCGCAAUAUUCCGGUUGGAUGAUUGUAAGACAAUAUUUGGAUUUCGAAAAGCUACAUGAGGUUCUUCGCAGAAUAGCAGCAAUCUCGGGCAUCACCGCGUUCACGGAGCAACACAAAGAAUUACCACAGUUCAAGGUUCAUACCCGCGAGUCUCUGCGUGGCGAGCUUGAGCGCUACCUUCGCGACGCGUGCUGGUACAAGGCACUGGCUGAGAGUGAGGGAAUGAAGAGGUUCCUUGACAAGGACCAAGGCCAUACACGGACGGAGUCGAAGAGUGGGCUCCAGGCGGUCGAAAGCUUUGGCAAAAACGUGUUUGGAGCCUUGGCAAGCGCGCCGAAAGGAGUAGCGGACGGUGGCAAGGCGAUUACGGGGGGUAUCACGGGUGUCUUUGGCAAUUUUGGACUGUCGAGAAAGCCAACGUCACAGUCUUUGCCCGAAGCAGGAGCUACUGUCAGCGCCAAUCGGCUGUCUGUGUCUACGCCCCCACGGGUCGACAGUACCCUCACAGUCAGUACGAUGAAUGGCCCUCGCAAAUCAAGAGACAGCUUGGACAGUCAGCGAUCUUCCAUCAUAUCAACACAGCCUGGGAAGAUGCCUCCUAUGGAACGUCGUCCGAGCUAUCAGUCUCAGGGCGAACAGGACAGCGAGGUCCCUCAACCAGCACGAUCAGACCGCUGGGACAGGGCUUCGCCAAGUGCGUUAAGCAGCAAGGCCAAUAGCCGAGCAUCCAGCAUCGCACCGCUUCGCUCGCCUCUGAAAUCUCCGUCAACACUUAGUCUCGACGCACUCCGCCUUCCUCCACCUCCGGACGCGAUGCCUGAUGACUGGGGUUCACCCGUCAGUACUCGAAUGUCUCGGUCUCAGGAGAAUAUUCUGGACUUGAGUGCACAAGGCAAGAGGACCCCCAAUGGAGGACUCAGGCAGCCUAAGCCGACAAGGCAACACUCCAAGAUCUCGGAACAGGAGACGAGGGUAGCCGUGGAGCUCGUAUUCGCCAUUAUCAACGAGCUCUAUUCCCUUUCCUCGGCCUGGAAUUUCCGUCGCACUUUGCUUGCCGCUGCGAAGUCCUUCCUGCUCCGUCCGGGCAACCCGUCGCUUGUGUCGAUCCAAAAGAUGAUUCAGGACUCGGUCAUUGAGGCGAAUUCUUCGGAUGAAGGCAUCGCCGCACACCUGCGAAAGUUGCGAGAAAACACGCUACCCACAGAAGAGGAACUGAAGGCCUGGCCGCCGGAGUCAAGCCAGGAGGAGAAGGAUAAGCUUCGAGAGAAGGCCCGUCGCCUGCUCAUCCAAAGCGGAGUUCCUGCUGCCCUGUCUGGAGUCAUGGGGCAGAAUGCCACUAACGAGGCGUUGGGCCGCAUAUUUGACUGCCUCCAGAUUGAAGAGGUGGCAAGAGGACUAAUGUUUGGUAUUAUGCUCCAAGGUAUGCGGGUCAUUACACAUUAA